UUUUGUUACUUGAAUUCAAAAGCAAGUCGAAAAAAGCUUGUGAGGGCAUUGUUUAAUGUUCCAAGGACUUCAUUGGAACUGCUACCAUACUAUCUACGCAUGGUUCCCACAUUAUCAACAUGCAUGAAAGAUGUUUCUUCCAUGCUCCUACAAAUGCUAGAAGAGGAGUUUCAUUUCUUAAUUAAUAAAAAGGAUCAAAUGAACAUUGAAACAAAGAUUAGGAACAUUAGGUUUAUUGGAGAACUAUGCAAGUUUAAAAUCGCACCAGAUGGUCUUGUUUUUAGUUGUUUGAAGGCUAAAACUUUACUUGGAUAUUUAAGAGAACCAAGACAAUUAUAUAAGUGAACCAAGGCAACAAGAAAUUCUUCUUCAAGUUGUUGGGUAUUAUUUUCUUUCUUGCUUGUAAGAAUUAUGUAUAGUGAGAUUUGAUGUAUUAUUUACAUUGAGAAUAAUGAAUUUUUAUUGAGAAUUAUUUAGUCUCUUGGGGAUUUGAUGUAUUAUUUACAUUUCAAUUAUAUGAAUAAAUGUUGUAUG